GUAGUACUGCUUUAAGAAAGGUAAAAGUAAAUUUCUGCUAUUCUGAAUGGAGUGUCUUGGAGUGUCGUCCGUUCAGAACCUGAAGGAUCUGUCUGCCUUGUUAGCGACUCAGCAGGAUGAUGACGAUGAUGAAGACUGUAAAAAUGUGACAGCUUGUGCACAGCUGGGCCCUGGACACAUUGGCCCCCCAACCAAAAAAGAUAAAGAAGUGUCAGCUGGCCAUGUAAAGAAAAACAGCAAAGAUAUCUGGAGAGAGGAAGAGGUGGCUGAGGGCUCCCAGUAUGAUGAUCUUGCUGACCCGCGGCCACAGCCUGAGUAUGAAAUAAUCCUGAAGCAGAGUGUGGGGACUGAGGAUCUGUUCUUGGGCUUGAACAGAAAGGACCCAUCCUCCAUGUGCUGUGAAGCAUUGCUGGUGAAAAUCAAACUACCAGACACUAAAAAACAAAUGUGUGUCUUCUCCCCUCUCUUCAGUAAACUGGGUCUUCAUCUCCCACAUCCGAUCCACAGCGACAGGGGAAAGGCUCAGUUCUUCAGUGAGAGGGAGGAACUGGAGGUGACUUUACUAAUGAAACGCCCCAUGGAUGUUAUCAAUAUGCAAUGAGAAAGCAUGACAAAAGCCAACAAGUAUUCAAAAGACAUAGAGCAGAUCUGAGACCAGUGUACAGUGGAGAUGACACGCACUCUGAUUAUGGGUCAAAGAAAGAGAUGGUUAGAGAAAUGAUCAGCAUAUGCAUAACCUCUUUGUUUUCUGUAAUUCAUGUUCACACUGUUUUAACAUCUGUCCCCACUCAUUCCAUUGAGAAUUAAAUAUGGUUUUCUAAUAA